ACAUGCUAUAAUAAUCAUAAUAUUUUUUUUAUUUUUUAUAUAAUUUUUGAAUAAAUUGUUUUUUUUUUUUGGUUUCCGCCUGGUAUCCGAGGUUUUGUCCCGACUAAUCUGGACUCAACCGCAUCACACACCUGGAAAUGGUGGCUGUUAAAAAGCAUUCAACUUCAACUAUUCAAGCUCCUCGAUUUUUAGAUUUCGCAAUCUUUCCCACUUUGAGAUCCAAAAGCAUUUCCAUUUUUCGUCACAAAGAUUCAAGCUUUACCAACAGUUUUAGUGUAAAUUUCCCUUCUUUUCUUGUUUCAUCACAAUACGAAAUCCAUUGUGUUCAUCGCCUUCUUGAGAUUCACUAAGUUAUUGUUUCUCUGGAAAACAAGAACCCUGAUCUUUAAUCUCUCCUUUUCCAGCUUACAUAAUUUAGACCCCAUCUCCAACAUCAUUUGGUUCUGUUCUGUCUAGUUUUAGUCUUUAUUCUCUGUUAAAUCCAAAAGUUUUUUUGCGUUAGCCUCUAAAGAGUUUAACUUGCCCGCUUCAGCUUCUUUUGUCUCUGUAUUGGGUAUUUGAAUUCCUUAGGGUUUUGAUCUCAGCAUUUACAGGGGCGGUUGGUCUUGGUUAGGUCAUUUUGUCAUCUGGGUACUUUUGAUUUUGGGGGAUUUGGGUUGGGUUUUGGUGGGUUUUCUCUGAUCUUUGUGAUCUGGGUUUUGGGUGUUCUACCAAGCUGGUUUCUUCUUCAAUUUUGGGAUUGUUAGAUGCUCUUGGUAAUAUAUUGGCCUCAGCGAGUUUGAAUCUAAGAUGCAGCCUGAUCAGCGAAGAAAGGUAACGUUUGCUAGAUUUUUACUCAGUUGUAUGGAUGAUGAACAUGUUAUCCGAAUGCCUUUAGAAGAUUUGAACUUUGUGACUGUAGUGGGUGGAAUUUUUAAGUUGUUUUGAUUGAAAGCCAAUAUCAUGUUCCUUUGUGGUUCAAUUCUACUGGACAGUUUAUUGCUUUUGUUCGUAUAAUUCCUGUAUACAGAUGGGAAGGAACAUUAUGCCAUCCACUUGUCUUGGUUUCUCUGCCACGUGCUUCUGUCCUCAUUUGCAAUUUGGGGAGGCCCUACUACUGGCAAGGUGUCUGUCUUGUAAAAAUUUUUGUUUGGUCUGCGUAUAUCCACUUAUUUUCUGGAUAUACGGUUGCUUAGGAGCUCUAACUGUCAUUGUUUUUGAUGUUUGAGAUAUCUGAUAUGUUAGUUCUGUACUCAAGAACAUAUUGCUUAUACAAUUAUGUCCCAAUUUUCUUUCAUCUCUUUAUUUGCUUCUCAUUUUACUGAAUUCUCUUAGUUUAC